GGACCAGGGCAGGCGUUUCCCUGGCAGGCCUUCGCUGCAGCCCUGUGCGCCGAGGAGCCCACGCUAGAGGGGCCGGAGGGUGCCCUGGCUGUCAAGCCGCGUCUGUUGCUGCUCCCGGUCGUGUGCCAGAGAAACCUCUUCUCCCUGCUGCAUGUGGUGCAAACCGUGGUGCCAGGGGGUUGCCUCAGCCAGCUGCUCCAGGCCGUGGAGCAGGAUUCCCACUUGGAUCCCUGGGUGCGGACGCUGGGGGAUCUGCUCCGUCAGGGAUCAAGGGGAGAGGAGUGCGCCCCACCUCCCGCUCCCUUAUCGUCUGCAUGCCAGCAGCAGCUUAUGUGUCUGUGCCGGAAAAUUGCCCAGAACAAACCAGAAGGGCAAAGAAAACUGAACUGGUGCUUCAGCAAGCAGCCUGAUGCUGCUGGGGAUGUGGUUGACUCUGUGCUUCAAGGUGGGAAGCGCAAGAAGGGGUCGGAGGAGAACCUGGAGUUGGACGAGGAGAGAGAGGGGAAGAAGUUGCUGCUGGAGGAAGCGGCAUUUGAACCCCCAGAAACCCAGGAGGGUUGGGAUGCGGCGGGGGUGGAAGAGGAGGUGCCUGGGGAGCCUUCAGGGGACAGGUCUGCUCAGAGCCUGGCCGGAGAUGCUCUGGAAAGCUCCCAACAGGAUGCGGCCGGGGAGUCCAGGAAGAUUUCCCAGGCAGAGCUGGCAGCGGAGGUCCAGUCCUUUCUCCAGGUGCACGGACUGAGGCUGAAAAUGCUGCUGCAGAAGGAGUCCAAUCACUCGGAGCUGAGCACCCCACCUGAGCUGCGCAUCCUGAACAACUGCUGUUCCAGUCAGCUUGAGGGGCUGUGCUGCUUCCUCCAGCUCUCCACGUGCCCGGAGCACCUCCUGGUGCGUUUCUGCAGCUGGCUGCUGGAUCUCACCCCCAACCUCAGCUACACCAGCGCGACCAUCCUGGCAGAGCAGCUCUUCCUCCAGCGAGUCCUGUCCCUCACCCAGCCGCCCUCCCGUCACCUCAUGGCUGCCCUCGCUUCGUUUUGCUCCAAGUAUUCCCAGCCCUUCUGUCGCGUCCUGGUGGCUGCGGUCCUGCGGGAGCCGGGGGAAGGCGCUGAGCAGACCAAGCUGGUGUGCGAGCUCGUGGAGGAGUGCCUGGAGCCAGACUGUGUGCGACUGGUGCUAAGCCAAGUCCUAGAGGUGUCUUUGUCUGAGAAGCUCCUGCCGGUGAUGCAGGCCGUGCUGGGGCGGCAGGAGGUGCUGCCCCCUGAGCUCUUCGAUCGCCUGGUCCUGACUCUGUGCCGGCAGGCCCCAGCCUUUGCCACAUCACUGAAUUACGCCAAGCUGGUGACGGCUGUGCUCACCAUGUACCAAAGCCAGGUCACCCCAGCACAUCGGAGCCGUCUGGCUGCCGCUCUGGAUCGGAGCAACGCGGCUCUGAAGAAAUCGCUGCAGGCUGUACUGGAAGGAGCGAGUGCUCUGGCUGUGGCUGUCAGUCACAUGAAGAUGACCAAAGACAAAUUCAUCUCCAAAUUUCACCUGGUUGUGAGUUUGGUGGUGUCCUUGCUGAAAAACAACUGGAAGACCGCAUGUACCGUCUAUAUCCAGAGCACCGUGGGGAAGUCCCGACAUCUCUACGGACUGGGCAGCAAUAAAGGGUUUGAAAUCUCCUGGCCAUGGGAGCAGCAGGCAGAGCUGGCCGGGCUCCCCGCGUCUCUGGAUGAAGGGAGGAUGAGCAGUCCCCAGAGGCCCCCAGAUGGGGUUUUGGCCGGGAGCGAGCAGAGCAUGGGGUGCGUCAGCGAGGUGCCAGGCACCGACAGGCAGGAGCUGGCUGUGUGCACCAGGGACAGUGAUGGGACCGAGGAAGAUGCAGAAACCCCGGAGGAGCCCUUGCUGAGUUUCCCCAGUGAGCUCUCCAUGCUGGAGAGACUGGGCUUGCACAGAGUGGCUUUGACGGAGCAGGACAUUGAGGCAGCCUUUGCCCACCUCGCCCUGGCUUUUCGCUGCGACAUGUUCACCCUGCGGCAACGGGUGCAGGUGGAGAAACGGGCACGGGACGCGGCAGAGGAAAACAUCCAGGAGGAGCUGGAGCAGUGCCGGGCUGCCCUGGAGGAGGCCCGGAUGAGCCGAGCAGCAGAGGUGAUGGUCCAGCACGUGGAGAACCUGAAGCGGCACCACAUGCGGGAGCACGCGGAGCUGGAAGAGAUGAAGCGCCUGAUCCAGCAAAACUCCCGCAACCGGCAGCUGGCAGAGACCCAGGACGACACAGAGCCACGGCUGAGGCCUCACCCGUUGAUGCGAACUUUUCAGCAGGUCCCCAGUGAUGCUCCCGCCUUCGGUGCCCAGCCAGGUGCCAGCCCUGACAGCCGAGCAGCCCCAGCUGGUGAGCUGGAGACGGAGGGGGCCCAGCGCCUGCCCAGCACCCAGAGGAGUGAGCUGGAGCCACAGGCCCAGAGCAGCACCAUGACCGGGGAGCCAGCAGCCGAGGUGGAUGGCAGAGGCUCAAGUGCAGGGGAUGAGGAGCUGGAGCAGCUUGGGCUGACGUCCAAGGGAUCCCUGGCAGAGCUGUGGCGGCCGUGGCUCUUCCUCCCGCAGCACUACUGGGUUUUCUUCUGGCUGCUUCUCCUGAGCAUUGGCUUCCUCCUCCUCAUCCGCGUCCUGGAGCUACAGCGGCUGCAGCCUGCGGCAUCACCCAAGGCCUAG